AUGCGUCCCAGUUUGACGCUUACACUAUUGGCCCUGGGCUCUGUUGCCCAGGGCGCAGUUUCUCUUGAGGACAGCAGCCUUUCUCCUCGAGAUAUCGAGGACUUCAAGAGGGCCAUCGAGGCAAGAAGCUUGGUAGACGAUAUUUGGAACGACAUUAAGAAUGCCGCCACCUGCACGGCUUGCCAGGGCAUUCUUGUUCUCCUCAUGGGCGUUGCUGAGUUUGGCAACAGCGCAUUUGUCAAUAUAGCCACGGGGCUUUGCGAACUUGCCAAGGUCGAAGACACCGACGUUUGUGUUGGGACCAUUGCACUUGAGGGACCCAUCAUCGCAAACUCUCUUCGGAACAUGGACCUCGGCUCAGAGACAGCACAGCUCUUUUGCGAAUCAUUCCUUGGACUCUGUGCUGAACCAACCGUUCCCCAGUGGAACGUUCCUUUUCCCUCUCCAAAACCGUCUACCGGCCGUCCUGCGCCGAGCGGCAAGACGCCUCUCAAAGUGGUUCAGUACUCGGAUAUUCAUGUUGAUCCUCUUUACGUGUCGGGCUCAAGCACGAAUUGCACAAAACCGAUUUGCUGCAGACCUUAUACAGCCGCCGACGAGCCUGGCUCAUCGACAUCGCCUGCAGGCCCAAAUGGUGACCACAAUUGCGAUGCUCCCGUGAGCUUGGAGACGAGUCUGUAUCAAGCCAUCCAAGAACUUGUGCCAGACGCGGCUUUUACGCUCUUCACUGGCGAUAUUGUUGAUCAUGCAGUCUGGAACACUUCACAGGCUUACAACCAACAGUCAAUUACCAACGCCUACACUUCUAUGAGCCAGUAUCUUGGCCUCGUUUAUGGUACCGCCGGCAAUCAUGAGGCCAGCCCCGUCAAUGCCUUCCCCGUUGCGUCCAUCAGCAACUCGUCUCAAUGGGUAUACGAUCUUCUGUCUGACGAAUGGACUCCCUGGGUUGGAGUUUCGGAAAAGGCCGAUAUUGAAAACUUUGGCGCAUAUUCCACCAAAUACCCCAACGGCAACCUGAGAAUCAUCUCUCUAAACACCAACUUUUACUAUCGCAUGAACUUUUGGCUGUACCAGGAGACGAUGGAACAGGACCCCGAUGGACAGAUUGCGUGGCUUGUCACGGAGCUCGACGCUGCAGAGAAGGCGGGCGAGAGGGUCUACAUCAUCGGACACAUGCCCCUGGGCGUGGGCGAUGCAUUCCACGCAGGGUCAAACUACGUCGACCAGGUUGUGAAUCGCUACUCGUCGACCAUCGCCGCCAUGUUCUUCGGCCACACUCAUGUCGACCACUUUGAGAUCAGCUACUCCAACUACAGCAGCCAGGACGCUGCACACGCGGUCAUGACGUCCUACAUCUGUCCCUCGCUGACGCCCACCUCGGGCAUGCCCUCAUUCCGCGUCUACGACGUCGACCCCGAGACCUUUGCCGUCCUCGACACAACAACCUACAUUGCCGACAUGACCAACGCCGCCUUCCAGACGACAGGCCCCGUGUGGACAAAAUACUACUCCGCCAAGGAGGCAUACGGCUCCAAGCUCAGCCCUCCAGUGACCGACCCGGCCGCCGAGCUGACGCCCGCCUUCUGGCACAACGUGACGGCCCUGUUCCAGUCGGACUCAGCCUCGUUCAACCAGUACAUUGCGUACAAGAGCCGUGGCUGGAACGUGGCCUCGUGCACCGGCGACUGCGCGACGGCGGAGCUUUGCCAGCUGCGGGCUGCUCGAAGCGAGAACAAUUGCCAGACGAUUGCGCCGGGGCUGCAUUUCAACAAGAGAUCCGAGGUGGUAGAUGAGCAGGAACAUGCUGUGAACAGCGACGAGUGCGGCCUGUCGGCGGGAAUGAAGACGCUGAAUUCAUUGGCGAUGAGGAAGGAUUUGCUGGAGGAGCUGGCGAGCAGAUAUAAUGCGUUGAAGGGAAGCGCUGCGUAUUAAUUGGAGAGGCGUAUAUGUAUGUACAUAUCUUUAGUACGAUUAAUUCAAUGCAUGUGGAAGAUGAG